AUGCCCAUCGUUUAUACCAGAGUGAUGUGCUCGGCUUCGCGGAAAGAGAAGACCCACAUCUACCCGAAGCUUGAGGCACUGUUCAUAACUGGCAUAGCUCUCAUCGGGCAUGGUCUGCUGAUGUUAGGGACCGACGUUUUCGUCUCGGCCGCUGCUCAGGUUUCAGGUUUCGUAGCACGCAGCACUGGCAAGUCUAAGCCAUCAGCAGUAGCCUUGCGCACCACUCCCAACAUAGUUUCCGCGUCACCCGAGGUUUUCGCAGAAUUUUCUGCCCAGAUGAGAACUUGGGCACCUCGACCGGCUUCUUCCUUGCUGCUUGCUUGUCUUCUGUUAUUCGGAGCGCUCUGCAUACUUCCAGAGGCAUUCAGCACGCCCGGUCCGCGGCGCAGCAACCUGGCCCAGCCAAGGAAGGCAUCGCCCUCCGAGCCUGCGGCAAGGAUCGGAGACAGCUCUGGGCUCACUACUCCCAUCUCGGCGGGCGCGGUGGCUUGCUUGUUGCUGCUGGCAUCCGCCCUCCCCAAUGCUGCAGUGGCGCAAGACUUCUUCGGGGGUGGUGGACCUGACGACGGAGUGGACCGUCGCUCCUUGAUCGAGAGGAGUCCACCACAGCCACCGCCGGCCGACGAUAAGGCGCCGGACAUCGCCCCGGAGGAACGCCAGCGGAGAAGGACGACACCAUCCACGGAUAUUGCAAGCGAGGAGUGGUAUAAGUACGGCAAGGAGGUCUUUGUUGCCAAAUGCGCCGGGUGCCACCCUGGUGGCAUGAAUCAGAUCCGCAUUUCAAAGGGUUUGAACGUGGAGGAUUUGGAACGAUGGGGGCUCUUGCAGGAGGGCUCAAGCCUGUCCCAAAUAUGCGCUGAGCCGUGA